GGCAGUGUUGCCGCGCUGCUCCACUGGUGCUCGCUUGUACCAUAUAUUUCUAGCACGUGUGUGGGAAGUAUAUACAUCACAAAUCAAUUCACAAAUAGACCUCUGUCGCAAGUACACCUAGACAUUGCAGACUCAUGAUCAAUACAAUGGUUCUGCCCUGUUUUCUCCAAACUCCAAACUCCAAACUCGGCUAAGAUAAAGAAAAAGCACGAGCCACACUUCGUCACAGUUUGUUACAGCCACAGCUCUUAUCCGCAGAAGUGGCCAGUUCUACCUCCGCUACAGAACAGCAUCAUCCUAUAAAACUUAGUCAGGACAAAUCACUUUGAUUCACAAGAAAAUGAUGUGUAUGAGAAUGGGUACUUGAUCCACUCCUGACAAUAUUGGCACAGAGGUUACCGUCGUUUUUGAACUCAUCCGGUCGUCGCGUAUCCAUUGAGCAUUGAGCGUGGAGCACGCCACAUACAUAUAGCUUGAAGCUGCAGAGCUACAUAGCUACAUAGCUCCUCAUCUACAAACUUUGCGGGCUCGCAGGUGAGAAGCUGAACAUAGGCACGAUGGGUUCAAGACUUGCCUGGUAUGCUGGUAUAUCCACUGGUUUGGCAGCUACAGUGAUUCUUUCUGCGUUUAACCAGCGCGCAAACUUCUAUUCAGCAUGUGUUUACCUGGCGCAGAGUAAUUUGUGUCUCAUGAUCCUAAUCAAUCUGAUUCUAUUCAUCUUUUCUAGUUUCAUGUACGGACUUCAACGACUCUGCUACGGCCCUCUCCGACCCAUCGAAAUCGAGCAAUUAUACGAGAAAGCCUGGUUCGCCAUCACGGAAACAUGUCUCGCCAUGACCAUAUUCAGGGAAGAGGUUGGAGCUUGGUUUCUCGUCAUGUUUGUCGCUCUUCUGACCGGCAAAGUUUGGGGAUGGAUAGGAGAUGGCCGAGUCGAGAUUCUAGAACAACAACCACCUGCCAAUCCGAAACUCUUUCAUAUUCGAUUGUCUAUAUCAUUGGCGGUUUCGGUCAUUUACGAUGCGUGGUUGAUGAGUUAUACGAUUAACACGGUGAUUCAACAAGCAAGGCCGAAUAUGAUGGUUAUGUUCUUGUUUGAAUUUGCCGUAUUGACCGUCUCAAGUUCUUCCACGGCUUGUAGAUAUCUCAUUUCUGUGAUGGAGAUGAGAGUAGUCAAGAAACAGACGGAGGAGAGGUUGAUUGAGAGGAAGAGAGAGGUUAGAGAGGAGAGGGCAGAAAUGAUCAGACAAAGAGAAAUUGCGCGUGCGGAAGCUGGCGAAAAUUAUCAAGAGCCUACAGCACCUUUACCUUCGGAGGAUGAUGUUGAAGAAAUGGAUAUUGAGGUUCCCGGAUGGGAAGCAAAGGGUCAAUGGGUUUUGACCCUUGAUUUGAUAACAGACUUCAUGAAAUUAUCGAUUUACUCUUCAUUCUUCUUCAUCCUUUUCACAUUCUACGGCCUCCCUAUUCAUAUUAUGCGAGAUCUAUUUGUUACGGCAAGAUCAUUUGUCAAACGACUUACUGCAUUCUUGAGAUACCGCAGAGCAACUCAUGAUAUGAACUCAAGAUAUGAAGAUGCAACUGUUGAGGAUAUUCAAAGGGAGGAUACAUGCAUUAUAUGUCGAGAAGAGAUGCGACCUUGGUCUGUAACAAAUCCCCCGGUACCUGCUGGAGCACAACCCAGGCCAGGUACUGUCAACGAACGUACAAGGCCGAAGAAGUUACCUUGUGGUCAUAUUCUUCAUCUAGGAUGUUUGAAGAGCUGGCUUGAACGACAACAAGUAUGCCCAACAUGUCGAAGUCCUGUGGUAGAAACACCUCAAAAUGCACAAGCCAAUGCCAAUCAAAAUGCAAGAGCUAAUCAACCCGCUCCCGGUCAACAAGAUGGACCCGCUGGUGCUGGACCCGUACCAGCCCCCGCUCGUGGCCGCGGUAUGCGUAUGCUUAAUCUUGGACCAAUUCGAGUCGGCUUUGGGCAGGCGAACCUCAAUGAUUUUGCUGCCCUUCAAAACCCUCCAGGAGGUCAAGCAAAUGCCGCAGGUGCAGGACCAAGAGUUUAUGGUUUAGAACUAGGUAUUCCUCGUAGAGCUCAACCCCAAGCCCAACCAGCGCUUCUGGAUCCUGGACAGAAUGCCGCGUUCCCGCUUGACCAACUACCACAACAUUUAGAAGAACUCGAACAGCAAGUCGCGCAGGAAAUUCGAAACUUGCAGUUGAGUCAGCAGCAGUUGCUGAUCGUCCAAUUGUUACAAAACGAGUUGACAAGAUUGAGAAACUUACAGAAUAACGCCGCGGAUCCUUUGGCAGCAAACUUUCCCUUGCCACAGAUGCCUGGCUUUCAGAAUCCGCCGCAAAUCGUCCCCCCAUUCAGUAACCGACCAUCAGGUCAAUCACAAGUGCACAGACACAGUGCACGGUCCAAUACCUCAGCAAUACCAUCUGGUAGUGCCGACCUUCCACCUGGAGUUGUCAUCCCAGAGGGCUGGUCACUUCUCCCAUUAGAAAGACUUCCUAAUGCGCCAUUACCGGGUCCAGCAGGGGUACCAGGACCUGCAGCAGCAUCAACAUCUAACGACCCUAUUAUAGCCUCUGCAUCUACGCAAAAUGUAGUCAGCCCUACAAUUGAAAGAAGUGAAGUUUCUAAUAAUAGCGCCACACCAAUCAAUACCGAACAAGUUAAUUCGCAAGCCGACUCGGUUGGCUCUUCUGAGAUAAACGCCAUUGAAACCCCGCCUUCUAUCUCGGCUGACCAAUCGACAUCAACGAUUACCACAUCUACAGAGCCAACUUCUACAAAUACAAAUCCAUUUGUUGACCCUCCUAGUUUGCCUAAUUGGGGAAAUUCACAACUAUUUACAGGAUCAAGUUUAGCGGGUAAUCACAAUCUGGAUGGCGCUCAUUCAGUGCCAACUUCGCCUCCACAUGAUGGUGGUGAAAAUACAACUCCUCAUGUCUCUCUUGAUACGAUGUCAGGUACUGGUGAAUCAACUAGUAGUUCAGCCGAGCAUAGUGAGCCAAGAGGAGAUGAAGAUGGCGAAAUGAGGAGAAGAGAGAAGGGUAAAGCCAAGGCGGUGACAGUAGAGGAUACAGUGGAUGAAGCAGAGUGAGGAGGAAUCAUGCUUUGAGAUGAAAAGUACAUUGAAUAAUUUAGGAUUUCAUCCGACUUUCACGUGAAUAUUGCUUAUCGUGCAUGAUGCAUAAAGCCAUAGAUGAAAUGGGAUCCAGUCAGAGAUAUAUUAAGGGCGUUUUGGGAAGGAAUUCUUAUGGGAUUGAGGAAUGGAUUGGCGCAUUUUCUACGUAAUAUGCUAUGGAUAGGCUUAAGGCUUAAGCAUAAUACAUUAGCGUCAGUAUAACUUUGACAUUACACUUUACAUACAGACAUGACGUGGCAUAAGGUUAUCUUUGAGUCUGACAGCUCGGUCUCGGCUAUGCUGUGUUGUGCUGUAGUAGAGGAGUGUGGAGAGACGGACUAUGGGGAGAGCAGAAAACUUACCAUUCCUGUAUGGUUUAGCGUAUUUAUAGCAGUUAGAAACAAUUACAAAGUUAUAAAGAUAGAUCAUUACUCAAAGUCAUAUAUUUGCAUAGUACUAAGCCUGUUGAGCA